UCUUUCUUUCUGGAACAGUCAGCCCACAACUCCAAUAUUAAAGCAUCACUCCUCUCUCUCUCUCUCUCUCUCUCUCAAUGGACGAAACAAAUGCAGGAAGAGAAACUCAAAAUUUCAUGGACGUUGAAUCUUUCUCCCAGCUUCCUUUCUUCCGUCGUCCUCCCUCCAAAGAUAAGAACCCUAAACCCAUUCGUCUCUUCGGAAAAGAUUUCACCGUUGGAGAUAACUCCGAUAACAAAAACAAAGAAGAUGAAGAAGAUGACCAAACCGGAGAUAACGGUAAGGACAAUAGCAUGAGCAACAACAACAGGAGAUUCGAGUGUCACUAUUGUUUUAGAAACUUUCCUACUUCACAAGCCCUAGGUGGACACCAAAACGCUCACAAAAGAGAACGCCAGCUCGCCAAACGCGGUGCUUCCUCUUAUUUUUAUCAUCAAGACGCGAAUCUCUAUGGUUACCGUCACUACCCUUCGUGGAGCAGCACAUCUUUACCGGCUGCUAGGUUCUAUGGAGGACACAUUCCAGGUCCAGGACCGUCCUCCUCGUAUCACACACGACCGAUCAAUGGGAGUCCAUUAGGUCUAUGGCGUGUACCGCCUUCAUCUUCCAACGUUAGAAGCGUUUAUAACUCAAACCCAGCGUUUACUAGUUAUGGCUCUUCUGAUAACUCAAGUUUACCGUCCUUGGCCGGUUCUCAGUCGCAUCCACCUUUACAAGUGGAUGGCUCCGCAGCUCAGAACCGCAUGUCCUCAUACCGGUAUGGUUUGAGCCCUAAUGUGCAAGAUCAUGUGAGUCUCGAUCUAAAUCUUUAACGUUACAGAUCUAUUUCACACAUGUUUUGACCAAUUCCUUUAGUAAUAUAUGUAAGAUUGUUAUGUAACUUAGGGAAAGAAAAUAAAAUGGGUAGGCAUCUGAAUGAGAAAAUGUACGAUGUGUAGAUCUUACGUUAACGUAAUUUAUUUCGUUAAAAAUUGAUGAUGUUUCUGAUACUCCUCGAUUAUAUAUAAUGAGAACUCAAUUAUCUGUUUCUUUU